AUCCUCAACUGACUGCCUCAAUCUUGGACAGUGUACUCACAGUAUACUCCCAACAAUAAAGAAAUUUCCUGCCUGUUGAUAUUCGCCUCAUCGCUCCAUCCCCUCCAGAACAAUGCGUGAGUGCAUCUCUAUCCACGUUGGUCAAGCUGGAGUCCAGAUCGGCAAUGCCUGCUGGGAACUCUAUUGUCUUGAACACGGCAUCCAGCCAGAUGGGCAGAUGCCCAGCGACAAGACCAUUGGAGGAGGUGAUGACUCCUUCAACACCUUCUUCAGUGAGACCGGAGCUGGAAAGCACGUCCCCAGGGCUGUGUUUGUAGACCUGGAGCCCACUGUCAUUGAUGAGGUGCGCACUGGUACAUACCGUCAGCUGUUUCACCCUGAGCAGCUCAUCACUGGAAAGGAAGAUGCUGCCAAUAACUACGCCCGUGGUCACUACACUAUUGGAAAGGAAAUUAUUGACCUGGUGCUGGACAGGAUUCGCAAACUGGCUGACCAGUGCACAGGUCUCCAGGGUUUCCUGGUGUUCCACAGCUUUGGUGGUGGAACCGGUUCUGGCUUCACCUCUCUGCUGAUGGAGCGUCUGUCUGUGGACUAUGGCAAGAAGUCCAAGCUGGAGUUCUCCAUCUACCCCGCUCCUCAGAUCUCCACCGCUGUGGUAGAGCCUUACAACUCCAUCCUGACCACCCACACUACCCUAGAGCACUCUGACUGCGCCUUCAUGGUAGACAAUGAGGCCAUUUACGAUAUCUGCCGUAGGAACCUCGACAUUGAGCGUCCGACUUACACCAACCUCAACAGGCUGAUCAGUCAGAUUGUGUCCUCCAUCACAGCCUCCCUCAGGUUUGAUGGUGCCCUCAAUGUCGAUCUCACCGAGUUCCAGACCAACUUGGUGCCCUAUCCUCGUAUCCACUUCCCAUUGGCUACCUAUGCCCCAGUGAUCUCCGCAGAGAAGGCUUACCAUGAGCAGCUCUCUGUGUCUGAAAUCACUAAUGCUUGCUUCGAGCCAGCCAAUCAGAUGGUGAAAUGCGAUCCGCGUCACGGCAAGUACAUGGCUUGCUGCCUGCUGUACCGUGGUGACGUGGUGCCCAAAGACGUGAACGCCGCAAUCGCCACCAUCAAGACCAAGCGCACCAUCCAGUUUGUGGACUGGUGUCCCACUGGUUUCAAGGUUGGCAUCAACUACCAGCCUCCCACUGUGGUUCCAGGUGGUGAUCUGGCUAAAGUGCAGAGGGCCGUGUGCAUGCUGAGCAACACCACAGCUAUUGCUGAGGCCUGGGCUCGUCUCGAUCAUAAGUUCGAUCUGAUGUACGCCAAGCGUGCCUUUGUGCACUGGUAUGUGGGUGAGGGUAUGGAGGAGGGCGAGUUCUCAGAGGCCAGAGAGGACAUGGCUGCCCUGGAGAAAGAUUAUGAGGAGGUCGGCGUUGAUUCUGUUGAGGGUGAGGGAGAAGAGGAGGGCGAGGAGUAUUAAAAUGUUCACUAAAAACAGUAGACCGGUAAUUUACACACGAUAUACAUGAGGUAUCAAGUGUAAAGUCUACUCCUAAAUGUUAGACACAUUCUUGAUAAGUUGUUAUUUGUGGAAUUUAUUUGCCAAAUUUUGACUGAAUAAAUUGAUGGUGAUGUAAAAAAAAA